GCGCCUCAGUUCAGUGUUGACUUCGGUAUCGAUCGGUUGGUUUGGAAAAUUUACGGACGCAGGAACGUCGCUUCGGUACGGUGGUUCAUGGUGGGUUCAACCUGCUGCUGAUAUCCCAAGCGGAGUGUCCCCUCGCUUGGUCCAGUCCCUCGCUCUUUGUGUGGGAAACGGAAGGUGAAAACGGUCGCUGGGACGACAGGACCUUAUCGCAUAAUAUGAAAUGUGUUUUCCCAGUGCAGAAGGAAUGACUCACGCAGUGUUGGGCGGGUGAGAUAGCUGUUUGAAGCGAGGAAAACUCGCCAUAAUUGGAUUUUAAACGCGGAUUCUAACAUGUGUUGCUUAUUUUCGUCUGCAAAUGGAAAGAAAUAGUGCGUUAUUUGGCGAGUGAAAACGUCCUGACACAGGCACGUGUUUGCGGCGGAAAUUGUGUAAUAGCGCUAUGUAGAUCAGGAACAGUGGUUUUUAAAUAGCUAAGUUUGUCACUGAUAGCGAUGAUGAAGAUCCAGUAAUACGUAGAAUGUAGAAAGCUAUUAUGAUAUUCAACGGUGCUGAGUGAGCGACUAGGAUUGUCAUUGGAUUGAAAGCAUAUACAAAACGGUACAGUUUGGAUUACUUUCUCAGUGGAGUCGUAAAUAUUGCGAUAAUAAGGACCGUUCGCAUCGGCUUACGGUGAUUGGAUAAAAAAACCAUCGAGUUAAAUGUGUGCAGACAUAACAACCGAUUGUUGGAUAACUCGUUUCGGUGCCAAUUUACUACCGAGAUUUUGAUUGUCAAGUGACUCCUGUACCAAUUUUGGCCUGUGUAUGUAUUAGACCAAGUGUACUCAGCUGGCGAAGUACAUUGACGGCAGAAGUGUGAGUGAUUAGACAUAGUGACAACCAACAAAAAAAACCAAAAGAAAGAGAAACCGAAACAACAAUCUGCGAUUUCACUACGGUUGGCUAACUUAGUACCAUAUAGCUCCCCGCACGGCAUCAUCAUUAACUUUUGGAGUCCAACCGCUGAGUUCGCGGACGAGACGACGAGGGAAGAAAAUCGAUUGUGUCAGUGCAUUUUCCUCUCCCAUUCGUUUGCCGUCGGUGAAAAGUCGCACUUGUAGCUAGCGAACACACAAUAGGAGCAAAAAUAUCGAUACAUUUCGGUUUCUCGUGGAAAGACCACCGGAAUAGACGGAUGACGCCGAUGAAGAGUGUUUGCGGAAGGUUUGGCCGGUGAUUGAGAAAAGUACUUUGUUCGCCGGUCCCGGUCCAAUCGAGACAAGGGUGAGUGAGAUAGGCGGUGGCAAUAGGAAACUACACGUGGUAAAAGAAAGUGAAUAUACCGUUGCACCCUCUUCAGAUCCCUUCGAGCACAACCGGAGCAGCGGAACAACAAGCUGAUGAGUAGCAAUUUUGGGAGCUUAUCGUGAACAUCGUCAGGUGUAUUGAAAACGCGUUACUGAAUAGCUUUCGACCGAACGGCGCAAAGCGCGAAACAAGUCGAGUCUAAAUUCAAUUUAUUUUCUUUGCACUUUUCCCUCGUUUUUUAAUCGAAUUCAUCAGCCGGGUGAGAUGCUUUUUUAGCGCCGAAGCAUUAGCGAAGGCAAAUACGCGAGUGAGAGCAGUGGGAACUGAAUGGAAAAGUUCAAACAUCAAGUGUGCAUAGAUUGCAAAUAUCCAUUUGAAGGUGUACGUACAGUUCGAGAAAGGGGAAAAUCUCUAGGCAAAUAUUGGAAUUAACUGAAAUUAGUCAUAAACCGAAAGUAAUUAAACCUGGCACUUCUUUGCACAGAAACACACACACUGAUUUCGGAAGAAAAGGAAAGAAAAGUGACGCCUUUUCGUUGUGCAGUUAGUCCCAUUGCGGUUGUUUGGGGGUGCGAAAUUAUUAGGCUAUUGUUCGAUUGGAUGUGCUUUUUAACUGAGUAGCAAGUGACAGCUGAAACCACCAGAGUGAAAGGAGAGGGAUACGAAGAUUAAUCAGCUAAUGCACCGUUGUGUGUGUGUGAAUCUGUUGUUCCGGCAAGUCAGUGAGUGGAUGCGAAGCGAGCAGAGUUGAGAGUAACAGGGGACCCAGUGCGUUGGGAAUUGCGUGUUUUGUCAAAACUGUGGCCGUUGAACUGUUUGGUGAGGUAACGGUUGACUGCUGAUCGACGUCCGAUUACGUGCAGAUCAGUGUGCUUGAAAUAGUACGGGAGUUGGUUUAGAUUUGGAUGAAAAUAUGUCAAAGGACCCCUCACAGUCACGAAUACCACGCAUCGGAACCACCGCCAGCAGCAGCAGCAGCAGAAUCCCAAUCCCCGGUUCCAUUCGUCCUCCGCAGUUCCAGUCCAAGCUAGUGAAGCCCUCGGUGGCUCAUCCAUUAACUGUACCCUUUGCAACCCCGGCCCGAUUUCCAGCACCACCGCGAUCAUCGGCUAUCACAAUCGCUAGGUCAUACUCGGGAGACAAGCUAUGUGGUGAUUCAACUCCAUAUCCUGGUGCCCUGGCGGCAUCAACACCGGCACCUCACUACAAACCUACCAGUGGGUUGAAUUUCUACAAAAAGUUGGAACUGGUGUCUACCGAGAAUCUCAAUGACAUUAAACAGGACGAGCUGUUUGCCGCAGUUCCGAGCAACAUCGUAGACUACGGCGAAAGUGAUGGACGAAUGUUGGUAGACGAAUCGAUCGAACUGGUCGGUGCUGGCAGUACGGAUAAUUUGACGUCGGAACAGUUUAGUGGAGAUGCAAUGCUGAAGCCGGCUCCAAGCAUUGAAACGGUAACGCUUAACUACGGUGGAAACGUCACGUAUGAAGUGAAACGUAGCGACACGUUCGUUAAGUCGUCCCAGGAGUCACUGAAACUCGGCGGUAGUCGAGAGUCACUGAACCGAACGAGUGGGGCGUCGUCGUUUCAGACAAGCAAAUCCGGAAGUGAUGUCUCACUUCUGGACCAAACACGUACGCUUGAUGUAGAUGAUAGGCAUGAGAAGGGUAUCUUAAGCUCGACAAUGGUUUUCGACAGAUUAGUAAACGUUACUCAAUGCAUUCCAAAUAUAACACAAGAGUUGGAGACGGCUUCAGCCCUACCGAAGAUCGAUCAGCUGUUGGACACUACCCACGUGAUUGACAGUCCCGAUCGAUUGCUAGCGACGGAUCCUGUUGCACAGCGACCCACUAGACUGACGUUCAACAUGAACGAAACUACCAAUUUAAUGCACUUCUCCGACCCGUCACUUAUUCUGAACAAGACGCAGGUGUUUUGUUCUACGAUGCACUCCCCGCAGGCGGUUGGUUUGAGCACAGAGGCUUUGAACGUAACGAGGGACAUGCACGGGGGCAGUUUGGAAGAUGCCAUGCAUCUUAUUGAUUUGCCUGUUAAUACCAGCGCUGAUGAUCACACGUUGAUAGCCGGAGAUCUUGAGUUGGACGAGGACCAAUCGAGAGCUGUGGUAGAAAAUACGGGAACCAAAAAAGAUAGCAUUGAUUUAAGCAUAGAAGAACCGGUUUCGGUUGGGCGAGAGGAGAUCGUGCUUCGGCCUUCUGAAGGACGCUGCUCAAUUCCCGCGAAGCAUAGAUUCUCCUUCGGGUUGGAUCUGAAUGACUGUACGUUGGACUGUUCAAUCGAAUUGUGCGACUCGUCGCUCUCUUCAGCGAAACUGCACAUCAAAUCACCCGUUUCCAACAGUCUGACAAAGCAAGGAUCAUUCGAAAUGGACGAAAGCUUAGGAAUACUAACUCCUGAUCAGAUGAAGGAGUUUUUGGACUCAACCGCUACGAAUACGAAUAACACCAAAGAUCUGGAGCUGCAUCUGAAUACAGGUUCCCACAGACAUGGACUGCAUCAUUGUAGAAUCGAUCAAACACCGUCACCGGAGGAACUUCCGCUAGAUCCGGUGGGUGUUAAAACCGAUAUGUCGGGCAUUCUUCUACCAUCGGAGAUCUUAACGAAUCCAGGCCCGAUAAUGUACCAAGAGAUAUCGCAAGCAGAUUCCGAGUCGAAGACCGACCAAAUGACAAAAUCAGCAACAUCUAAGGUUUCGAAUAGCUUCAUAACUAGCAUAACAAGCAUUACCAGCUUAGAUACGGGCUACCAGGGCGAUGGAGAAAUGUCUCGGCCGGCUAGUCGCGGUGCUGAUCAUUCACCUUCGAAUGGUCCGAGAAUCAAGAAUCAAGCUGCUGCUGCGUGGAAUGCUCAAGCAGCGGUUGCACCGGUACCGCGCCGUCAAGAUCCCAUGACAGACAGUGAUUUCUUCACCGAAAGCGAUGCCGAUGAUGUGUUCAAUCGAGGUGAUCGAAGGGCACAGAUUAUCGAUGGACAACUGUACGGGCCAAUGAUGCAGGGAGCAAACGUGUUCAUCAACCAGCAGCCACAGAAUGAUGAUUCUUGCAUGGAAUCAAGCGGAAUUUUCACCGAUGUGGAGAACCGGGGGGAGGAUGACCUAGUGCAUAGACGCUCCGAGAAUGAAAAUCAUGCUGAGAGGGAGACUGACUAUUCUAAUGAUGGCGAAGGCCGCCCAGUUACUGAGAGUGAUAUGAGCCCGGACGCGUCAACAGAUACGAUCAGCAGUAGUAACACCGCGUACAGCCAGAAAAAGGUGCUGUCCAGCGACGGUGGGAGAACGGCGGAAGGUGUUAAUUGUUUGCAAAAUUCUUCACUAGUAUCGUCUAUUAGCACAAACGCCUCGUCACCGUUGCUGAACGGCGAGAAAAGCUUUGAUAGUAAUGUUGCUGUGUCGCCAGGAGAACAUGGUGCUGAAGCCAGCGGGCAUUCUGUUGCACCAUCUCUGAAUGAGAGUGUGGCUUCGAACUCGACCACAGCGACACAAAAUCAAUCGUCAUCAUCGCCAUCAUCAUCAACUUCUUUGGUGAGCGGUAAAGCCGAUAGCAGUGGCAUUGGUGGUAGUGUUUGCACCAGCAACACUACCGAGAGCGCAAGCAACUUUACUGCCGCUCGAGGUGGCUCAAACACUAGUACCGACAGUUUGUCUGGCGCGGCCGUUGGUAGUGGAAGUCGAAAUUAUAGUGCUGGCAGUGGCGGCAAAAAACCCUGCUCCAGCAGUCGUAAACAGCAGAAAAAUGAAACGAAUUUGGUGCUGAAAAAACAUGAAAUGUCGUCGCGCGCGGCGUUGAUCAAAACGCGUAAAUUGAAGGAUCCCUCGGCGGGUGGAUCCUCACGUAGUGUCGGUGGUAGUGUCCUAAAUUUGGACGUCGAGAACGAGUGCGAAAAUCAGGAGAACAAGCGUCCCAUUCGAGGUCAUAAGCAAAGUGCACGUGCGAUCGGCGGUGGCGCCAAUAGUGUCAGUGGUAGUGUUGGAAAUUUAAGUUUCACCAAGAAAUCAGCCACCCCGAAUAAAUGGGAUGCAGUGAUGAGUAAAAUUGCCGAGAAUAAAACGGUGAUCAAGAAGAAUUUCAGUGAUGUGAAAUCGAAGAUCAGUUGCGGCGGCAAAGCGGCGGUCGCCCUCUCGUCGAGACGCGUCCAUUCACCGGCCUCGUUGAAGAGCCCACCGUCGGAAUGCAACAGCAUCGGAAAUCGUAGUGUUGCGUCGGUGCCAACGACGGGUGGUGGAAAGCGGACGGUGAAACGCAGUCGAAACCACAGCAAAGACAGUUCCCAGAGCGACAUCAGCAUUACUGGAGGAUCACCGAAGAUGCAGCCGAAGCUCGCCAACAUACGACCAGCAAAAAAGCGAGAUGUGCGCACGAUCAACUCGUCGUCCAGCGAUCUGGGUCCACCACCGAAAAGCACCCAGAAUGGUCAGCAACUGCAGCCAACCACGCCGCAUCAACGAGGCAGCAUUCGAGCGCCGACCACGUUGCAGAAACGUAUUCCAACCAACGUGACGAACGCUUCGAUACCGACAGGGCACGAUCAUCAACUGAAGGGAUCACCGCCAUCCAGGCGCAAUCUCAUCGCGAAACGAACGCUGUCGACCAACAACAACACUAGUAACGGAACGACGCAACAUGUGGUGAAAACACCACUGAAAGAUCACAACCGCCUAGUUGGCCCGACAGCAACCGCCAAGCAUCUCCCCGGAACAAACUCGCCGAAAUCGCAAUCGAGGACCUUGCUUCGGCCGACCACACCACACACAACGACGACGACCUGUUCCAGUCCGAACGGUCACAGCAAUGGGACGACCACCAAUCACCAAUCGGUGCUGAAGAAUUCCGCCAUUUCCAAUCUUCAACGUAAUGGAACAAUUAUACUGGAAAAAUCCAGCUCGGCACUGACCAUUAGCGAACACGAUGUUCCCAGCAGUCCACCGGCAACCGGUGCUGACCAUGCGAAACAUCCGGCCAUCAUUGCCAACGGAACCAAUAGCACCGAGAAGCACUGUGAUCGGACGCUGCCCGAAGUAACCGGGAAGGCUGAGGCCACCAGGACCUCACUGCCGGCGUCUCCCAACUGCACCCGUAAUUUAGUCGAUAUUAGUUUGCUCAAUCAUGCCAACCGAGGCGUGGAAGCGCUGGGAGUUUUAGUACAAUACUUAGUUUUUAAUGUGGAUGCCUUUUCCUGUCCCACGAUCAAGAAGUCCCAUCAGGAGACCACCCAAGACCUGCUACAGACCAAAUCAAUGCUCAAUGAGGAACGCAGCACGUGCGAAUCGCUCAAACAGCAGCUGCUCGAAGCGACCGAACGCGAGUCGGAACUCCAAGAACUGCAUCGAUGUGAAAUCAAUAAAGUGGAGUCCUAUCUGAGCGAGCAGCAGCGGUCGGCUGCCGAGCGGAUAACGGUCCUCGAAGCUGAACUGAUUCGUGCCAAGCAUGAGACCGAUGUAAAAGUACGCACCUGUAUCGAAGAGUUCGAAACUAAGCUGGCCGCCAGUGAGGCGGAAUUGGCCAAGUCCAAAGCACGCGAAGUGGAACUGCUGCAGCGAAUAAGUGCCCUCAGCUGCACGGAGAAUGAGCUACGUGACAAGGUGCAUUCCAGUGAGCUGGAAUUCAGCGAGCGGCUUCAAGCCGCUUCUCUGCGAGAACGGGACCUAAACGAACAGAUAAAACAGUUCAAUCGUCAGCUAGAGGAGAUAAGCCGGGCGGCUAUGGCCAGGGAGCAGGAGCUUGAGGAAAAACUUAGCCUAACACAGGAUGAGUGUAGCUUUCUAAGGCAUAGCCGGAACUCAUCGGAACCACCGCAGAGCUCGGACACUAGUCCGGAGAUGUACCAUAGGAAUUCUCAAAAUAGCGACCAUACGCUACUGGGCAGUCCGUCGCAAAACAAUAAAUCCUCCACGAGUCUGAACCAGGCACAGAUCUUGCAUGAUGAGGUGGAUAGUUUGCGUUGCGUGCUCGAUUUGAAGCAGCGAGAAAUUUCCGAACUGCGAAAACAGACGCAGGAGUUCGAGCGAGAUGCCAAGGAAUUGCCGGCGGCGUUGGUGAAAAUCUCGGCACUUGAGUCUAGGAUUGAGGAUCUGCAAGUGCAACUGAAGACCAAAACAGAGGAGGAGAAGGAACUCCAGCAGAAGCUGAAAGUGCUUCAGGACAACCUGAAACAGGAAACUAAAGUUAAGGGCCGUCUCUCGCAGCACAACGAGGAGCUGCAGUGGAAGCUGAAGCAAAACUCGGAAAAGUUCUCGCAUGUGUACGCCGAGCUAUCCAAGAGCUACCACGAGAACUCCAGCUUCAUGAACGCGACGCGUUCCAGCAUGGACCAGUCAUCGAUGUCGGUCAAUUCAUACCACAAUCAAACGGUCAUGCACAAUCGGUCGGCCGGUUCGGAUAAGGUGUUCGAGAUGGAUGACCUUUCGCCGCCCACGUCACCCGUCAUCAAGGGAGUGGUGGAAAAAAGUGAUUCCGUAUCCUGGGUUCUGGAGAUGGACGAUGAACCACCGGAGAUUUCCGCAUCGCGGAUGGUGCGCAGAGCGGGUUCAUUCCGGUCGACCUAUGCCUCCACGUCCGGAGGGCAGGAUUUGAAUCGACAGAAGUGCGGCGUUGCAGCUGGUUUGAACAAUACAUUCAACGGCGGAGGGAUUCAGCAGUCGAGCUCAGUUGGUUCCAUCCUAAAGCAGCAAGAUUUGUCACCGUCGAAAAACGCGAUGGGUUCACCGGGAACGCCGCGGCUGCGAUCAAAAUCGGUAAGCAUUAAGACAACAGAACCACCGAAAAAAAUCGUCCGGUCGAACUCGGGCGCUUCAAAUUCGGCGGUUUCUAAACCUAUCAAGAUGGCCGAAGUACCGAUGUCCUGGAAGGAUGCACCGCUGUACAGCAGCUCACCCUACGCCCACAAAAGGUAUCUGAGCGAACGGAUGAUAGAAAAUGGCAAAGGUAGCAAGUCGUUUACUGGGUUUCGAGACGGAAAGGAUUUAUUUCUAGAGGAAACGGAAUUUUUAGGGGACUUGGCUGAUAGUCCCUACAGCAGGAGUAGGGCCAGCUCGUUCGGCGCAGGUCCAGUGGAAGCGACACCCGAACAGCCGGCUGAGUUUUUUCAUCGUGACAAAACCCCAAAUUUUAAAAUGAGCAAAGAGAAUCGUGGUUUAAUUACAUGUGAUACAAAAGCGCUAACCGGGUCCGGAGGUGAUGCGGCUCCAGCGCAUAAAAAGCGACGUGAGUUUCAACGUAAAAAUCUUGCCGAAGAGAACAGCUUGCUGCCGAAGGAAGCAGCCGGUGAAGCGCUGGUAUCUGGAUCGAACUCAGACGACGAGGCCUCGUCCUCGUCCUGUCUGUCGGAUGAUCUGUCCUCGAGAGGCAGUGCACAUAGUAGCAGCAGCAGUAGUAGCACUAGCAGCACUACAAGCACAGCCAGUGGACCAUCCUCGUCCAGAUCAUCUGGAAGUGGAGCAGCUCAGCAAGAAGCACUUGUCGUUGAAGACGAGGAAGAAGACGCUGAUGGCAAAUCAUGCCAGGCUGGUUCUACAAAUGGACGACGUCGAAGGUCGUCUACCAUUUCCCUGGAGGAUGCUCUAAUGCAGAAGAUUGUCGCUAGUCUGAACCGUGGCAUUUCCGGUGGGGGGAACGAGACACCCAUGGAAGUCAGCUGGUCCGAGGACGGAGACCCGUCCGAGUCGAUCGUAUGACAAGACGAUGAUAGCUUUUAAACCGUAAUCGGAAAGAUAAUGUUUUGUGUUACAGUAGCGGAGACAGUGGAAAACAAAGUAGGUAUAACAAAGAAGAAAAGAUAGAGAAGAAACGUUUCCUUGUAUGGUCUUUACAUCGCUGGUGGCUGCCUCGGAUCGCAGCUUUACUGAUACGGCUAGGCAUGCGAGAUUAAUCGGGAAGGCCAUGGAAGCCAGCAAAGACCUUUAAUUUUAUUGAACAUUUGUUUUUUUUUAUUCUAAGUCCAGUUAUUCAGUUGUUAAAUGUAUAUUUUCUGUAUUUAUAUCUGAAAGAUAAAAAUGGAAUGAAAGAGCGAGUAGGGAAGAAAGCAUCAGGAAAAGGCUUAACGGUAUGAGUAUGAGAUCUGCUAGUUUCAAUUUGUUCUUUUAACAAGUAUCUAAUGAAUAUGCGUUUGAAACAACCAAUUUGAAAAGUAAAGUAAAGAGAAACGAGUAGUCAGUCACAGAGUUUAGAAAAGUUAAUUAUUUUGUGUCCUUGUAACUAUUAGCAGGAUGAAAGAAAAAUAAAAGAUGUGUUAUUAGUAGAUAUAAGAUAUCCCCACAGUAAUACGAUUCUUGGCAGUUGCUUUAGUAGACGCGGAAAGUCUGCGUUCGAAUAAAAUGAACAUUUGUCAUUUGGAAAUAAAUAUUUAAUUGUUACUAGAAUUGUGUAAGAGAUUUAAAAAGAUUGUAAAAAUUGUCGAAAAUAAUAAACAGAAUCAAAACAACCAGCAGUUUAUCCAUUUGUGUGUAAACUCUAUAAUAUUUAGUAAUCAAAAGGCAGCAAAUUUAAUUGAAGAAAAACACAUGAUUUUUUUCAAGCAAAUAAGAUCGUGUUGCAAUCCCAUCAACUGCUAUUUUGUUAUUUGUUUCAAUACUGAACUUUUCCCGCUAGUAUCAUCUGAUAAACACUGUAGGUCAUAGUAGAAAUUUAACAAAAACAAGGGAUUCUAUGAGAGAAAUAAUUAAAACAUGCCAGGCUACACGAGAAAUCUAAUUCUGAAAGUCGUAAUAUUUAUACUCAAAAAAACAAUUAGAUCGCGUUCUGCAGUAUUUCUAAAGAAUUGGAGUUUUGAUCAAAAUUUCGCCCGACAGUAUGCACUUUCAGGCUUUCCCUCACCAACUAAUGUACUAGAAUGAGAAGCUAUCAAUUGAUUUGAAACACUAUUCUCUAGCUGAAUAGAUACGAUUGACUCGAAAGGAAACUAGCAGAGGUUAUAUGAAAAUGAAUACGAUCCGAAGAUUUUGAUGAACAUGAUUGUUUAUUUACAACACGUUACAUGGAAAAACCGCUGCACUCUGAUGUAGGAUAAUAUCGCAUUGAUAAUUGUGAAAAAUUGAUGUAUAAGAAGGAGCGUUUAGCAGUGUAGCAGCUUGUCUAAGAUGAUACAAGAUGAGGAUGAAAUUUGAUGGCAAAAUAUUAUGUUCAAACCAAUUUGCAGACACAAUAAUCAGAAUCUGAGAACUAUUGAAA